AUGUCGGGGACGGUGCUCAAGGCCGGGCUCCUGGUGGCCAUGGUGAUUAUGACGGCCGUGGCGGGCCUGACGCCGAUCUGGGUGAGUGAUUUUUUGCCUUUGACCUUGUUCUGGACUUUUAGGUAAUAAACUCGAGGAUUGGGUGGGUUCGAGGUGAUGGAGAAGAUAAAUUUUGAAAGUUUUUGGUUCUUUUGUUAUGUUUUUGCGUGAGAGAGCUAAACUAAAGCCUUGGUGACAAGUUUCUUUAUGUUUCAGUGUUUUUGACGUUCUAGUUUGGGUCUUGCACACUUUUGAACUAAAGGGUUUUUCGAAAAAAUAGCUGUUUUUUCUUGUGGAAAGUAUGGUUAGAUUAAAGAAAUUUAAGCAUGGAAACAGCAGAAUUUUUCAACAAUUAUUAUCAAGUACAAUAUGAAAUCUUCAGAUCCUCCGUGCCCUCCGCAAACGAGCCCACAGUCUGCCGUCGUCCAAGAAGAAGGAUCGGGUAUCACUCUUCCUUUGUCUUCUUACAUGUUUCUCAGGCGGAGUCUUCUUGGCCACAUGUUUUCUCCAUCUUUUCCCCGAGCUUUUUGCUCAUGUGGAGAUGAUGAAGGAGACGUAUGGAUUCAAACCGGACUUCCCAAUGGCCGAACUGUUGGCGUGUUCGGGAUUUUUCGUCCUCUUUUUGGUCGAAGAAUUGGUCUUGAUUAUCCUGCCGAAUGCAGGGCAUAGUCAUGGAAGUUCGAAGGAGGAGGAGAGUGUCAGGUGGGUAAAUUAGUAUUAUUGUUUUUUUGAUUUUUAGGUUUGUUUUUGACCUUGAUUUUACGGAUGGAUCAUAAAACGACACAAAAUUACAUUUACCCUAGAAAGAUUUCAAUUUUAAAAUUUCGAUUUGUUACCUAAAAUAUCGAAAUUUAUCUUUAGGAUGAUCAGAAAUCGCGAUCAAGUAGGUCUCCUCACAUCGGCCGAAGUGGAAUCCGAACGUCAUCCGGCCGGUUUCUCCAACACCCUCACUGCCACCAACACUCAGGCCGUCUCCUCUCCUCGGCAGUGCUCUGUAGCCACAUGUCCGGACGCCACAAUUCCCAUCAUUGCCGAGCCCGAAAGAUGUGAAGCCAAUUGUGAUUCGGUGAAAGAAUAUCCGCCAAUUAUCACCAAGAGCAGACCUCAUCCCCACAGUCAUUCGACGAGAUCAGUGACGAUUGUCUUGGCCAUCGCUUUCCACGCUAUAAUUGAGGGAUUGGCAUUGGGUGUUCAGGUAUGAAGUUUUGUUGUGUAGGCAGUUUUUUGGCCAAAUUUUGGAAAAUUCUUUAUGUCUAGGGAUAAAUAGAGGCAUUUUAGGAUAUCGGACGAAUUUUGGCGAAGUUUCAGACUUCGUAAUAAGUUUUAUGACCUUAUUUUAUAUUGUUUUAGACAAUUUUUUAAAUUCUUUUAGAAAGUUUGAAAUUUCUUCAAAAUCUUAAGGUGCUAAAUGUAUUAUUAGAUUACCGGAAGAGUUUUGUGGCGUCUUAGACUAUUUUAUGACUUAUUUUAUAUUGUUUUAGACAAUUUUUUGACGGAUUUUUGGCCAGUUUGAAACAUUUUUUUAUUCCCACUUUUUACAAUAUUUUGUAAUUUCUACUAUUUUAAAUGUAUUUUCAGACCGACCCUGCCAAGAUUUGGGCGAUUUUCAUCUCCCUGACCGUCCACAAAUUGAUUGUCGCCUUCUCGAUUGGUCUCCAAUUGGCGAGAACUCAUGCUCACAGUCUCAAAUGGGUCACCUUGUCCAUGAUCAUGAUCGCCUUUAUGACUCCAAUCGGAGGUGCGAUUGGAAUGGUGGUUCGGCAUGCCUCGAUCAACGCCCAACUUCAAGAUACGAUCAUAUUGAUCUGCCACGGACUGACUGUGGGAACCUUCCUUUACGUCACGUUCUUUGAGGUCUUGAUCCACGAGAGAGAUAAUGAACAUCCAAAUCUUUUGAAGGUAAAGUUUUAGAUAUAUCGGACUCUUGAACCUUGAAAAUCUUUUAAUUUUUAUAUUGUUUUAGCUCCUGGUGAUGAUAAUUGGAUUCGCUUUGAUUGGCCUGAUCCGAUUGAUAACAGAAGGCCAUGAUCACUCCCAUGGGCACUCACAUGGCCACAGCCACGACCAUGACCACCACUAG